CAGAGGGCGCAGUGUCUGAUCGGGACACAAGACCCUCUAAAGGUUUUGUUGGAUUGGUAAACCUGUUUUAACACGAAAUGAUAGAGAAUGCAUUGUCGGAAGGGAGGCUAUUUGAGGAGCGCUAGGUGCAUCUAUCUAAUUUAUCACUGAGUUGAAGCAAAGGUUGGGCUCCAUUCUAAAGCCAACCUCUCCGCUAAAACACGGCCCAAUUUGGAGUGGGGUUGUAAUCAUGCAGGAAGGAUGGAUGGUAAAAAUAUUUUUUUUCUGACAUAUUUGAUACACUGAGAUUAGUAUUUGUUUUGUUUCUGCAAGAUGGAGCCGCAAAUGAUGUCCUGCUUCGUUUUCUUGGCUUUUGCGUUUACAGAAAACGUCGGAUGUAUUAGAGGAAGGGUUGGACCUAAAGUGACCGAAAAGGUGUUCUUUGACAUCACCGUGGCAGGUCAUGAAGUUGGCCGGAUUGUGAUUGGCCUGUUUGGAGAAGUUGUUCCCCUGACUGUGAAUAACUUUGUGGCUCUUGCCACAGGGGAGAAAGGAUACGGCUACAAAGGAAGUACAUUUCACCGGGUGAUCAAGGACUUCAUGAUCCAAGGAGGUGACUUCACAGCUGGAGAUGGAAAUGGAGGUAGAAGCAUUUACGGGAACCAAUUUGCUGAUGAGAACUUCAAGCUGAAGCACAUGGGAGCAGGUUGGGUCAGCAUGGCCAACGCGGGCCCAGACACCAACGGCUCUCAGUUCUUCAUCACUGCGUCCAGGGCUCCUUGGCUGGACGGGAAGCACGUGGUGUUUGGGAAAAUCUUGGAGGGCAUGUCUGUGGUUCAUACCAUCGAGCUCCAAGACACAAAUGACCGGAACCUGCCCUACACAGAGUGUGUCAUUGUCAACAGUGGGAAGAUAGAAGUCAAAGAGCCAUUUAUUGUGGAUGUGGAGGGUUGGUAGGGUUAUCACUAUGUGUGUUACUGUAUUCAGAGAAGUAUUAUGCAGUUGGUGUUUAUGGCUCUCUAAUGUGUAUACUAACUUUUAACAAAAUGAAUACAAUGAAUUCAGUCAUUAUGAGAAGAUGUCAUUUACAAUUAAUAUCUUAAAACCAUUGUAAUUUAGUUUCCUAACCACUCAUUAACUGCCAAAAUGAUCAGUAUGUCAUUUGCACUAUCCACUCAGCACUUUGUCAUGCUAAACUGAAACAACUUUUAUUUUUUUACACUGUUUGAAAGAUUACACAAAGUAUAUUAUACUUCACUUAUUUUGACAUAUCAAAUGUAAUCACAGCAGCUGUAUGUUGUGAAAUGUUAAUGAGGUUCCCAUUUGUGAACAUGUUGCAUUGUUAUGGUGAGUAUGUUUUAUUAUUUAUGAGAAAUUAAUUUGUGGGGAUUAAUCUGGAAGAUGUAGUAGCAAGCUGCAAUGUUGUUAAUAUUUUUUUUUAAACUAUUGCACAAUUGCAUAGAAAAUUGCUAGUGAUUACUUCAGGGCAAUUCCACUUUAACCGAAUUACACUUUGAUUCAGAUGUAUCACUUUAAAAUGUAAGCCAAACAAAAGCCCAACACAAGUUGUAGUCUUUCAGAGACUGGAAAAAUUGUGUCUGCUUGUAUAUUUAUCAAUUAAUCCGCCGAUAGGAACACCUCUGAAAUACGUCCAAUAGAUCUAUCGAACAAGGACGACCAUAUUAACACCCACGAAAACAUAUAGUGCGAUCAGUAUAAAAAAUAGCCUUCGUGAAAUGCCACGAAGCAGGACUACAUUCAUUUUUGGAUCACUGACCUGCCUUCCUCCUGGGCAAUUACAUCUCACUGUCCUAGAAAUGCCUCAGAAAUUAUGAAAACAAGACCAGAUUCCCCCAGGGGGAAAUUCCCCUUUAAGAACAAUUGGGAGGGUGAUGUUAAUUUAGUCUCUAAUGAGUCACCUAGAGGAAAUAGGCUCUGCUAAUGAUGAUACAAGGAAGAGUCAGCAGCGAAUGAGGAUCCAUCAGGGGAGGCUCCUCAGAGGAAGGGGAGGACCAUCCUCCUCAGUGAAAUUUCAUAAAAAUAAAAAUUGUGAAACAUUUAAAAAGUUAUCUUUUUUAGAUUAAACUAUAUUAAAUAUAUUCAUAUGUUACCAGAAAAUUGAUUUAAAUAAAAAUGUUUUGCAAUGAAGGUCUACAAUGAAGGUCUACAGUAACUUUAACAGCACUGUCUGGGGUAGCACCAUGGUGUAGCCGGAGGAAAAGCUAGCUUCCAUCCUCCUCCUCUGGCUACAUUGACUUUAAUUCAAAACCUGGGAGGCUCAUAGGUCUCACCCUGUCACGCCCUGGCCUUAGUAUUCUGUGUUUUCGUUAGUAUUUUGUUGAGGCCAGGGUGUGACAUGGGGAUUUAUGUGGUUUGUUUUGUUUGGGGUUGUUUGUAGUGAUGGGAUUGUGGUUAGAGUAGUACUCUAGGUAAGUCUAUGGUUGCCUAGAGUGGUUCUCAAUCGGAGGCAGGUGUUUAUCGUUGUCUCUGAUUGGGAACCAUAUUUAGGCAGCCAUAUUCUUUAGGUCUCUUGUGGGCGAUUGUUCCUGUCUCUGUGUUUGCACCAGAUAGGGCUGUUUUGGGUUUGCACGGUUCUUGUGGUGUUGUGUUUAUCUUUGAAUUAAACAUGAAUCAGAAUAACCAUGC